GCGCACACUUUUACAGGGGAUCAAUGCCGCUGAUGACCGUGAGAUUCCACAACGCUCAAUAAGAGAAGAAUGUGUUGCCUAUCAGUCACCGAGGGGAUCAAGUCUUCGGGAUGGUCCCACGCGUUCAAUGCGCCGUGCAAAGCAUCACUGAGAGAGACAGAGUGAAGAGGACAGCAGCAGCAGCAGCAGCAGCAGCAGCAGCAGCAUCCUGCCUGGACACUUCACAUCAUUUAGCAACCUGUCGCCACUCAAGAUCCAUUUAAGUCAAUUAGGGCUGCCAGCUCCUCUCACCUUUCAAGUCCUCUCAUCAGACUGGCGUGUUGUCCUGGAGUGAGGAUGAGGAGCCUGGCGCUGCUGUUGGGGGUGAAAGCCGCCUGCAUCCUGCUGGUGUCCUCGCUCUCGGGCACAGGAGCCGUCAACAACAGCGGCCGGUGGUGGGGUAUUGUCAAUGUGGCUUCCUCGUCCAACCUCCUUACCAAUUCCAAGAACGUGCAGUUGGUCCUGGACCCCAGCCUGGCCCUCCUGAGCCGACGCCAGCGCCGGCUGAUUCGGCAGAAUCCUGGCAUCUUGCAUGCCAUCGCCGCUGGGCUGCACACCGCCAUAAAGGAGUGCAAAUGGCAGUUCCGCAACCGCCGCUGGAACUGCCCGACCACCCACAGCCCGGCAGUAUUUGGCAAAAUCGUCAAUCGUGGUUGCCGAGAGACAGCAUUUGUAUUUGCCAUUACCAGCGCAGGGGUGACCCAUGCUGUGGCUCGCUCCUGCUCAGAAGGGGCCAUUGAGUCGUGCACAUGCGAUUAUCGUCGCCGAGGUCCCGGAGGGCCAGACUGGCACUGGGGGGGCUGCAGUGACAAUGUGGAUUUUGGCCGGAUGUUCAGCCGUGAGUUUGUGGACUCGAGCGAGAGGGGAAGGGAUCUGCGCUACCUCACCAACUUACACAACAACGAAGCUGGCAGGAUGACAGUGUCUUCGGAGAUGCGUCAGGAGUGUAAGUGCCACGGCAUGUCGGGCUCCUGCACCGUACGCACCUGCUGGAUGCGCCUCCCCAGCUUCCGCACGGUUGGAGACUUCCUCAAGGACCGAUUCGACGGCGCAUCUCGAGUUGUUUACGCCAACAAGGGCAGCAACCGCGCCUCCCACCGGGCCGACCCCCGUCAUCUAGAGCCCGAAAACCCGGCCCACAAACCCCCAUCCGGGAUGGACCUGGUCUACUUUGAGAAGUCGCCAAACUUCUGCUCCUACAACGGCAAAACCGGCACUUUGGGCACUGCUGGGAGAACAUGCAACAGCUCGUCUCCGGGCCUUGACGGAUGUGAGCUGUUAUGCUGCGGACGAGGUUUUAAGACCCGGACGGAGAGCGUGACCGAACGGUGCCACUGCACCUUCCACUGGUGCUGCCAUGUGAGCUGCCUGAACUGUACCAGUGCACGAACAUCAUACCAGUGUCUAUGAUCAAA